GUGUUGUCAGAGCGAGGCCGCCGGGCACUACGCACCAUCCGCGGCGCACCAAGCGGACGGGAAAAGUGGACGCCCGCGUGGCAGACCCAGACCUCAUCAAGGCCAUCGCACCGGCGGUCAGCCUCGUGGUGGGAGGCCAGGCGGAUUACAACACCUGGCCCUGGAUGGCGGCCAUACUAAUGGGCAGCGAGCUCAAGUUUCUUUGUGGUGGAUUUCUCAUCAACGAUCGAUACGUUUUGUCAGCGGCGCAUUGCUUCGAAAGGCACAGACCAACGCAGAAGUACGGCGUUCGCCUGGGACAGAUUCGCGUGGACGAAGGCCGCGUGUACACCGUGGAGAGGUUCGUGCAGCACGAAGACUACGCGCGCCGAGAGUACUACAACGACAUCGCGCUGUUGCGUCUCACCGAGUCCGUCCCGCUGGCGCUCAUCAAGCCCGUCUGCCUGCCCGGCCCGGACCUCGCACGCUCUGACCUGGUCGGCAAGGAGGCCACCGUCCUCGGAUGGGGAGACACCAUGUUCGGUGGUCCACGCAGCGACAUCCUGCAGGAGGUAAACGGCCUGCCUGUGGUUCCGGUGAAGCAGUGCAACGAGUCCUACUCCAAACUACGGGGCAACCCAUUCCGCAGAGGCAUCACGUCCGAAUUCAUCUGCGCCGGCCUCCCUCAGGGUGGAAAGGACGCCUGCCAGGGUGACUCCGGCGGACCACUCAUGCUGGACCACGAAGGACGCUGGACGGCGGUGGGGAUCGUGUCUUUCGGCUAUCGCUGCGGGGUGGCCGGCUACCCCGGCGUGUACACACGUGUGUCGAGGCACCUACAGUGGAUAGACAACAAUAUAUACAUGGACUCCAUCGGCUACAACACCAUUGUGUAAGCCCCGAGAGCCGAGGCUACUCAUCACAGUGUACUGAGAGUGCGCCUUGACGCGCUUUCGGCGCGGACUGUUCUCGGUGCCUCCAAGGCGCUUCCUUCAAGAUGACCAUGUAAGAGUGGACGAUCGCGUCGAUGAAAGUCAAAUCCAUCGACUGACGCGAUUGUCUGCUUCAGAGCCCGGAAUACGACAUUUUUUCCGGCGCGAGCGAGAGACUGUGGCUCGACCCGCCAAUCUGUGCUGAUACUUGUUGCACAGAGAAAACAAAGAGCUUAGUUGAGGAGUAUGUACGACAUAGCAAGAGAAGAAUGUGUAAGCAGGUGUUUACCAUAAGUAUUUACGCUCCUGUAAGACGGACUGUCAUUAGCGAAGCAAAGAGGAAUUCAUUGUUGCUUUGGUACAAAGGAAAUAUUGACUGCAGGUGCCCCCUCACCUUAACAUCGUGCCGCUAGUGAUCACGUUUCAAUCACUGCCUAUGAUUUAAACACGAGUCGUGUUCAUCACCCAGCGACGGGCGCCUCAUUUGAAAUGUUCGGAAACCACCACCAGACACUGCCGUCCAGAACAAGCGUAUGGCUGUGCCAUCCUUGUGCGAACGAGUGCGUGAACGAGUGAGCUCUGAGACGAGUGAAAGCUUGAACAAGGACUAGAAUAACUGUAAUUAAUUGUAAUUUCCGUGCUGUUUUAUUGUUUCGUUUCUUUUUCUGUCAUUUUUAAACUGUUGUGCAUUGUGUCUAAGGGCUUUACUUACGCACAACAAAUAGAUGGCGAUAAACCGCGGUGCUGGACCUCACGGGAUAUCGCAAAGUGUCCUUAUUAUUAUUCGGUGUUUGUUUGCACUGUAGCCUGAACGAAAAUAAAAUAGGAAAAUGCUUUGACGACAA